GUACAGGAGCGACGACAACGUGCGUUAAUAACGAAGAGUCUAGGAGCGUUGGUGCGGCGUGUAAUGACCGGAAGGAGACAGAGGAGCGGAAACAAGGGAAGGCAACGAGUUGGGUAAAGAUGCGUGGGCUGGUGGGUCCGGAAAGGCUCGGGAGAUCGGUGUCGCUGUCAUUGGCCUACUACUGCUACUAUCUUCUGCUGCCGGUGUACCACGUGCUCGCCGUGACCAGCGAACUACCGCCGAGGCUGGAUUUGCCGGAGCAUUGUUCGUGGGACUCGCGGCAGGAUGGCGCGCUCACUUGCAUCCACCGAUACGCCGGCAACGACUCCCUCAGGACGAACUUUUCACAGGCGACCAGCGAAUACGUGACCUCGAUCAACGUCGUGUGCGAGGAGUCGGACUCGUUGGAGAACGGUGUCCUAAACGUGGACGGGUUCGUACAGUUAUGGAGAUUGCGAUCGUUAAGUUUGACCGGAUGCAAGCUGGUGCAUUGGCCGGCGAAAGUUCUCAGCGGUCUGCGGGAUCUUCGUAAUCUGACGAUCAGGAGCCUGAACGGACGAAAGAGCAAGUACAGCCUGGAGUUGGAGAGCGGAGCGUUCGACACGGUGCCGCAGAUCGAGAAGAUCGAUUUAUCGUGGAACAACAUCUGGCAGAUACCGGAGCACUUGUUCUGCCCGUUGUCGAGCCUGCUCAGGUUGAACGUCUCGUGGAACAUGCUGAAGGAUAUCACCGAGCUGGGAUUCCGAGAUAUCGCGGAGAAACAUCCGCAGAGACGUAUGCUGCCCGCCUACGGAUUUUCCUCGUUGAAGAGGCUUCGGGUGCUGAACUUGUCGAGCAACGCGAUCUCCAUGGUAGCAGACGAGGCGCUUCACGGACUCCGAUCCCUGGAGACGUUCGACCUGUCUGGAAACAGGAUCGUCGCGUUGCCGACGGAUAUGUUCCGCAACGCGGCCAAGUCGCUGAAGGAAUUGCGGCUUCAGAACAAUUCCAUCAGCGUACUGUCCCCGGGUCUGGUGGCAGACAUGAAUCAGCUGGUCGCGCUGGAUCUGUCGAGGAACGCGUUGACCAGCUCUUGGCUCAACUCCACCACGUUUUCCGGUUUGAUUCGGCUGGUGCUGCUGAAUCUCUCUCAUAAUCGAAUCAGCCGUCUGGACCCGGCCCUCUUCAAGGACCUUUACACGCUUCAGAUAUUGAAUCUGCAGUACAACGAGAUCGAAACGAUACCGGCGGACACUUUCGCGCCCAUGAGUAAUCUGCACACGCUAGAUCUGGCGUACAAUCGAUUGACUUACCUGGACGCUUACUCGCUCAACGGGCUGUUUGCACUUUCCCUGCUGUCGCUGGAUUCGAAUCUGCUCGAAGGGAUCCAUCCGGAUGCCUUUCGAAAUUGUUCCAGUAUGCAGGAUCUGAAUCUGUCCGGGAACAGUUUGGACAGCAUACCGGUCGCAUUGAAGGACAUGAGAAUGCUGCGUACGCUGGACCUCGGGGAAAAUCAGAUCAGAAGCCUGAACAGACCUGGUUUCCGUGGAAUGUCCAGUCUAAAUGGAUUACGAAUGAUCGAGAACGAGAUCACGAAUGUCACUAUGGAGGAUUUCGCCGAGCUGCCCGCCCUUCAGAUACUGAAUUUGGCGCGGAAUAGGAUCGAGAUGGUGGAGGACGGUGUGUUCGCCGCGAAUCCAGCGUUACAGGCUAUCCGUUUGGACUCGAAUUUGUUGCAGGACAUGUCCGGCAUGUUCGCGAGCGCGCCCGGCCUACUCUGGCUGAACAUGUCCGACAACAUGAUCGUACAGUUCGAUUACGGUUACCUGCCGAAGAGAUUACAGUGGAUGGAUCUGCAUAAAAAUCUUAUUAUGGAUCUCGGAGUCGCGCCACAGGGCAUGAGAUUACAGACGCUCGACGUGUCGUUCAACCGGCUAACGAGGAUACACUCGAGAUCGAUCCCGGACUCGAUCGAGCUUCUGUUCGUCAACGACAAUAUGAUACAGAUCGUGGAGCCGCAGACCUUCGUGGACAAGAAAAAUCUGACCAGGGUGGACCUGUACGCGAACCAGAUCGUUCGAAUGAACCUCUCCGCGUUCCAGUUGACCCAGGUACCGGCCUAUCGACAAUUGCCGGAGUUCUACAUCGGCGGUAAUCCGUUCAUAUGCGACUGCACCACCGAGUGGUUGCAAAGAAUCAACUCGUUGUCCCUGAGACAACACCCGAGGGUAAUGGAUUUGAAAUCGAUAUAUUGCAAGCUUCCGUACGAUCGCCACAAAUCUUUCGUCCCGCUGUUCGAGGCGAAACCCUCUCAAUUUCUCUGCACGUACAAGGCUCAUUGUUUCGCGCUCUGUCAUUGCUGCGACUUCGACGCCUGCGACUGCGAGAUGACCUGCCCGACCAACUGCACUUGCUACCACGAUCAAUCCUGGUCGGCGAACGUGGUGGAUUGUUCCAACUCGGACUACAAAACCCUUCCCGGCCGAUUACCGAUGGACGCCACCGAGGUUUACCUCGAUGGAAACAAUUUCGGGGAAUUGAAUUCCCAUUCGUUCAUCGGCCGGAAGAACCUGCAGAUCCUGUACGCCAACGAUAGCAACAUCAUCGCCGUACGCAAUCACACUUUCAGCGGUCUGAAACGUUUGGUGGUCCUUCAUCUGGAGAACAACAAGAUAAGCGUGCUCAACGGCGUGGAACUGAUGCCGUUGGAGAACCUGAAGGAACUCUACCUACAGAAUAAUCUAUUGACGUACAUAGAUAACGGCACGUUUCUUCCGCUACGUCAGCUGGAAGUGUUACGAUUGGAAAACAAUCGACUGGGCACUUUCGCCGUUUGGCAGCUCGGUCAGAAUCCGUAUCUGGUCGACAUCGGGCUGUCCAGCAACCCGUGGAGUUGCGAGUGCUCUUUCUUGGACCGGGUGCGCGAGUGGAUGUCUCGCAACAGAGCGAAGAUAAGCGACUGGAGGAGCGUCACCUGUUCCCUCGGUAUGCCGAUUACUCUUCCGACCAACGGAUCGGUCAUAAAUUGCGCCGCGUUAACGGGCACGACGUCGGUGAUCGAAACUCGACCGCUCGAGGCUUAUCUCCCGCUACUGCUCGCCACCGCGGUGCUGAUUUUUGCCAUGGUGGCUCUCGUGUGCGGCGCGUUCAGGCAUCGUCGUACUCUGCGGACAUGGGCGGCCAGCAGAUGCGGUCUGCGGGCGUGUUACAAGACGGCCGCGUUCGAGGAUCAAGAGAAGCCUUUCGACGCCUACAUUUCCUACUCGGCCGUCGACGAGGCCUUCGUCUCGACGAUCCUGGUACCCGGCCUGGAGACCUCUUACCGGCUGUGUCUGCAUUACCGCGAUCUGGGCGCCGGUAACAACGUGGCAGACGCAGUGGCGGAAGCCGCGGAUUCCUCCAGGCGAACCAUCCUGGUAUUGUCGAAGAACUUUCUGCACGGCGAGUGGGCCAGGUUCGAGUUUAAAGCGGCUCUGAGGGACGCUCUGAAAGGGAAGGGCCGCUCGGUGAUCCUGCUGCUGGUAGGCGGUGUGUGUCCACGAGAUCUCGACUCCGAUCUCAAAAAGAGAAUCUCGUCGCACACCGUGCUGGUGUGGGGGGACAAGUUGUUUUGGCAGAAGCUAAGGUUCGCCAUGCCAGACGUGUCCCCUGUUCCUGUUUUGGAGAGACCCCUGCCAUUGCCGCCGCCGCCACCGCCCCCGAUGCAGCAUCAAUGGACGUAG